AUGGCUGAUCGAUUGACGCGCAUUGCUAUCGUGAGUGAAGACCGCUGCAAGCCGAAGAAAUGCCGCCAGGAAUGCAAGAAGAGCUGUCCUGUUGUCAAGACGGGGAGACUUUGUAUCGAGGUUUCUCCUGCUUCCAAGACUGCUUUCUUAUCAGAGGAGCUGUGUAUAGGAUGCGGUAUCUGCGUCAAGUCACAUCUCUUGGUGCACAACCGCAGAAAUGCCCCUUUGAAAGAUACAACCCACCGCUACGGGGCCAAUGGUUUUAAAUUGCACAGGCUUCCAGUUCCAAGACCGGGGCAAGUCCUAGGGUUGGUCGGAACUAACGGUAUUGGGAAAUCAACGGCUCUCAAGAUCCUGUCUGGAAAACAGAAGCCAAAUCUUGGCAGAUUCAGUAAUCCUCCGAACUGGCAAGAAAUUUUGACACACUUCCGCGGGUCAGAACUCCAAAGCUAUUUCACCCGAGUCUUAGAAGAAAAUCUAAAGACCGCUUUAAAGCCCCAACAUGUCGACCAAAUAAAAAAACUUGUUCAAGGUGAUCUUGGGAAGAUGCUUGAGAAGCUGGACGAGAGGGGACUCAUGGCGCAGAUUUGUGCCGAUUUGGAGUUGGAACCUGUCCUGGACCGUAGAGCAAAAGAUGUUUCUGGUGGCGAGCUGCAGAGGUUUGCCAUUGCCGCAGUAUUUAUAAAGAAGGCCGAGAUAUACAUGUUUGAUGAACCCUCUAGCUUCCUCGAUGUGAGGCAAAGACUCAAGGCAGCUCAAGUUAUACGCUCCCUCCUCAGACCAGACAGCUACGUGAUUGUUGUGGAGCACGACCUCAGUGUCCUUGACUACUUGUCGGAUUUCGUUUGCUGUUUGUAUGGGAAACCAGGAGCAUAUGGUGUUGUGACUCUCCCCUUUUCUGUCAGAGAAGGAAUCAACGUAUAUCCGUGA